AUGCACCUCAUUCGCUUCUUUGUAUGUAUUGCUUCUUGUCUCUCUGUUGCUCGUGCUUUCAGUGUGACUGUCGGGACUCCCACUCAAUGCGGCCCUCUUAGCAUUUCAUGGACUGGCGGUCAAGCACCAUUUGAAAUACUCUUGGCUCCCGACAAAGGAAUAUAUCAGAAUAUACCUGUACCAGCAUCGGCCUUCAGCAAUGGACAAGGCUCUUAUUCAAUACCACAAUUGUCGUUGUUGUCCGGAACAUCGUUUCUACUUAUUAUGUCUGACGCCACUGGAUUUGGUUCAGGUGGGACGACAAACAUAUUAAUUGUGAAUUCUGCUGCAAAUAACAUUUGCGGCGCUGGAAACCCCUCACCUCCUUACACAUUUGAUUUGUCUCCAACGUCGCUGACGCAAUGCAGUCCAUUUGCCAUUACGGCCACCGGUGGUGUAGUCCCACCCAUUACUAUUGGGCUACUUAUCCCUGGCGGACAAUCAGUCGUGUUCAAUUCCGACAGCAAUACUUUUCAAUCGGUUUUGGAUGUCAUCGCAGGGACAAAUGUCAUGUAUUUUGUCAACGACUCCUUGGGCAACCAAGGUGGGGUCUCUCCAUUCGAGCCCGUCUCAGGGUCGAGUGAUUCCUCGUGCUUAAGCGCCAGCUCGUCGUCAACUGCUGCAGGAAUCUCGGCCACGGCCACGGCUUCACCGUCAUCUAGCCCAAACAGCUCAUCAAGUAAUCCAUCAAGUAGUUCACCAGGAAGCAAUGUUGCUCUCAUUGCGGGUGCAGCAGGCGGUGGUGCAGCAGCAGUCCUUAUUGCAUUGGUCAUCCUCGGCAUGUGCUUGCGGCGUAAACGGAAGGCAUCUAAAUUUUCGGAUGCUCAGUCUUCUACACAAAGUCAUCCACAUCGUUUGCAGCGUACAGAUCUAAAGUACGAAGGCAGUCCUCGUAGUGAUGCUUUGCCACAAUUCCCUCUCCCAUACAAGACAAACUCCGUCAGCAACCAUACCCAACCCGUUCGUCCUAGCCCAGGAGCCCAGUCAGACAUGGCCAAUUUGUCUGCCAGCAACUUUGCAGUUAGCGUCCCUCCCUCACCAUUCAACCACAUACAACAUUCGCGCCAGAGCUCCAACACGGACACUCCUAUCUACGGGGAUGCUCGAACGACGGCCAUGCCAUUCGCUAACGACCGCCAAUCACCCCUGUCUACCAGAAACCUUGCAGUCAGCGACCCUCGCACACCGUUCAAUCAAACACUGCAUUCACAUCAGAGCUCAAACGCAGACUUUGCUAUGUAUACAGACACUCGGGGCUCCGCUAUAGCAUCUGUUGACCGGCGAAUGGCUGUAAUCACGGAACUGCCAUCACCAUGGGAAAUAAAUCCUGUUAGCUACCUAGGUCCAUCUAUUCAGUCCGGAUCCCAGCCAAGUCCUAUUAAUGUUUUUGUUGCCAAUUUGACAGCUAGGGACCAUCAGGCACCCUUCAAUCAGGCACAGCCCUCGUACAUGAGCUCCAACACAGACUUUGCUGUCGACGGAGAUGCUCGAAUGACAAACACAAUGCCCGUCGAGCAGGUGGCUGUGGGGGCUCGACCAGCAUCACCAUUACCACGGAAGACAGACCUUAUCUAUCUUACUCCACCCGUUCAACCCGGACCUCAAUCAAUCUUCACCUCUGCCAGCAACAUUGCAAUUAAGAACCCUCCCACACCCUUCAAUCAGACGCAACAUUCCCACAAGAGCCCUGGCACAGACAACGUAGAUGUACAUGGGGCAUCUGGAGGUCAGCCUAUGGUGUCUGCUAGCGGGCAAACAGCCCACCAACCUCCUACUCAAAUUAUCGUCCAUACUGACGCUGAUGAUGCCAUGUCAAACAACAACGGUGUAGUCGAACUUCCGCCGCAGUAUUCAGAGCAUAGGGGAACGCGUGCCUUGUAA